AUGGCGGAAGAGAUAAAAAUCGACAAGGCGACGUUUUUCAAUCGCCUCUCUGCUCUCUACUCGGCAUGGAGAGCAGACAAGCGAUCAUCAAAUCCUGUCUUUGCUGGUUCUAGCUCGAUUGUGAUUCUCAUGGGGAAAACAGAGGAGGCAAAUUCCUUUCAAAAGAAUAAUGCUAUGCACUUCUGGCUGCUUGGUUACGAGUUUCCUGCAACUCUCUUCGUUUUUACAACGGAGGCAAUGUAUGUGGUAACGACCGCGAAAAAAGCGAAACAUCUCGAGCAUUUAAAAGGGGGGAAGAUACCGGUUGAGAUCCUGGUCACCACCAAGGAUACCGACCAAAAGGCCAAGGUUUUCGAAAAAUGUCUAGAUGUUAUAAAAAACGCUGGAAAGAAAGUUGGUACCCUACCCAAGGAUACCUCCUCUGGUCCAUUUGCAGAUGAGUGGAAACGAGUCUUCAGCGAGAUCUCGAAAGAAGUGGAGGAAGUUGACAUUGCUCCUGCAUUGUCAUCUGUUGCUUUCGCUGUGAAGGGUCCAGAAGAGCUAAUAUCGAUGCGAAACGCGUCCCGCGCCUGCAGUGGCCUCAUGUCCGAAUAUUUCGUAGAUGAAAUGUCCCAGCUUCUCGACGAAGAAAAGAAAAUUACACAUCGAGCAUUGGCAGCUAAAGUGGAUGCGAAAAUCGAUGACGCUAAAUUUUUCAAAAAGCUUGCCAAACUCCCCGCUGAGUUCGAUCCUCAGCAAAUCGACUGGGCUUAUGGCCCUGUUAUCCAAAGCGGCGGUAACUACGAUCUCCGGUUUACUGCAGUUCCAGAUUCUAACAACCUCCAUACUGGUAUUAUCAUCGCCGGAUUCGGUAUUCGCUACAAGACAUACAGCUCAGUAAUCGCUCGCACGUUUUUGGUCGAUCCCAGCAAAUCCCAAGAGACCAAUUAUGCAUUCCUACUCAGCAUUCAUGAGGCAGUUAUGAAGGACGUUCGCGAUGGAACUGUGGCCAAGGACUUGUAUAAUAGGGCACUUGGAAUGAUCAAGGCCAAAAAGCCAGAGUUGGAAAGGCAUUUCCUCAAGAAUAUCGGCGCCGGAAUUGGAAUAGAAUUGAGAGAUUCCAACAUGGUACUUAACGGAAAGAACAACAAAGUCCUCAAGAGCGGAAUGACUCUUUGCGUUAUGAUUGGCUUUACCGAUAUUCAGGAUCCGGAUCCAAAGGACAAAAAGAAUGAAACAUAUUCCAUGGUGGUCACAGAUACCGUUCGUGUUGGCGAAAGUGGGCCUUAUAUCUUUACGAAGGAUGCAGGGGUUGACAUGGAUUCAGUGUCAUUCUAUUUCGGCGACGAAGAGGAGCCUCAGAAGCCAAAGGUCAAACAUGAAGCUGCAAAGUCUAGCGCUAUCGCGAGUAAGAACAUCACGAAAACUAAACUGAGAGCUGAGCGACCAACACAGGUUAACGAAGGUGCGGAAGCCCGUCGACGUGAACAUCAAAAGGAACUGGCCGCAAAGAAGCUCAAAGAAGGCUUGGAGCGGUUUGCUGGAACUACGGGAGAUCAGAAUGGAACAUUACAGAAAAAAUUCAAACGAUUUGAAUCUUACAAGCGAGACAACCAGCUCCCAGCUAGGGUUAAGGAUUUGACUGUUUACGUUGAUCACAAGGCUUCAACAGUGAUCGUUCCCAUUAUGGGCCGGCCCGUCCCUUUUCAUAUCAACACCAUCAAAAACGCAAGUAAAAGCGACGAAGGGGAGUAUGCAUACUUACGCAUCAACUUCCUCUCUCCCGGUCAAGGAGUUGGUAGGAAGGAUGACCAGCCGUUCGAAGAUCCAUCCGCACACUUUGUAAGGAACUUGACUCUGAGGUCAAAGGACAAUGACCGCCUCGCCCAAGUUGCACAGGACAUCAGUGAGCUUCGGAAAAAUGCUCUGAGACGCGAACAAGAAAAGAAGGAGAUGGAAGACGUGGUUGAACAGGAUAAGCUUAUUGAAAUUAGAAAUCGCCGUCCUGCGAAACUUCCAGAUGUGUAUCUUCGACCGCCCUUGGAUGGCAAAAGAGUACCAGGCGAAGUCGAAAUUCACCAGAAUGGUCUCCGAUAUCAAUCCCCUCUGCGUAGCGAACAUGUUGACGUUCUUUUCAGCAACGUCAAACAUUUGUUUUUCCAACCAUGUGCACACGAAAUGAUUGUUAUAAUCCAUGUUCACUUGAAAACUCCCAUCAUGAUCGGUAAACGGAAGACCAAAGACGUUCAAUUUUUUCGGGAAGCUACGGAAAUGCAGUUUGAUGAAACCGGGAAUCGCAGACGCAAACACCGCUACGGAGACGAAGAAGAAUUUGAGGCUGAGCAAGAAGAAAGACGCCGUCGGCUUGCGUUGGACCGAGAGUUCAAGGCAUUUGCGGAGAAGAUCUCUGAUGCGGGCAGGGAUGAGGGUGUUGAUGUUGACGUACCAUUCCGAGAAAUCGGCUUCAAUGGCGUUCCUAAUCGCUCGAACGUGCUGAUACAGCCAACCACGGAUGCAAUUGUACAGUUGACCGAACCCCCAUUCCUGGUAGUGACAUUGAGCGAAAUCGAGGUUGCUCAUUUAGAGCGAGUCCAGUUCGGUCUCAAAAAUUUCGACAUGGUGUUUGUUUUCAAAGACUUUCAUCGACCACCAGUUCACAUCAACACCAUCCCUGUGGAAUCAUUGGAAGGUGUCAAGGACUGGCUUGACUCCGUCGAUAUUGCCUUCUCAGAGGGACCCCUCAACUUGAACUGGGGAGCUAUCAUGAAAACAGUCACCAGCGAUCCGCAUGGGUUCUUCGUUGAUGGUGGUUGGUCAUUUUUGGGCCAGGACUCUGACUCGGAGGAGGAAGAGGAGGAGGAGGAAUCCGCCUUCGAGAUGUCAGACUCCGAACUCGCUGCUUCUGAUGAAAGCUCUGAGGAUGAUAGUGAGUUCGAUGACGAAGCUAGCGCAGAGGCCAGCGAGGCUUUUAGUGGUGAUGAUGAUAGUGGCGGUGAAGACUGGGACGAGCUUGAGAAGCAGGCGAAGAAGGACCGCGAAAGCGCGUUGGAUGAUGGCGAAAAGGGGAAGAAACGGAAACGGUAA